CCUCCCCCGGCAGCCCAGGAGGCCGGGCCGCCCGGCGCCCAGACGGACGGAAGACCCGGUGCACGGACGGACGGACGCCGUCAGAUCGGAAUCAUGUGAGCCCCCUCCUAGAAAGGAGGAAUAAACGCGAGAGCUCGAAGGACCGGUUUCCUUUCCCACUUCCCCUCACGAUGGCACAGAGGAGGCCCCGGCCCCGGGCAGUGGCCUCGGCCGGCCGGCCACUAUCCCUGCUCUCCGUGGUCUGGGUGCUGCUCUCCCAUCGCCCGGCCGGCGCCGCUCCGUUCAGCACCUUCCACUCAGAGAACCGCGACUGGACCUUCAACCACCUGACCGUGCACCGAGACACGGGGGCGGUGUACGUGGGCGCCAUCAACCGCGUGUACAAACUGUCGGGGAACCUGACGGUCCAAGUGGCCCACAAGACCGGGCCCGAGGAGGACAACAAGUCCUGCUACCCGCCCCUGAUCGUCCAGCCGUGCAGCGAGGUCCUGACGCCGACCAAUAACGUGAACAAGCUGCUGCUCAUCGACUACUCGGAGAACCGCCUGCUGGCCUGCGGGAGCCUGUACCAGGGCGUCUGCAAACUCCUGCGUCUCGACGACCUCUUCAUCCUGGUGGAGCCUUCGCACAAGAAGGAGCACUACCUGUCCAGCGUGAACAAGACGGGCACCAUGUACGGCGUCAUCGUGCGCUCCGAGGGCGAGGACGGGAAGCUGUUCAUCGGCACGGCCGUGGACGGCAAGCAGGACUACUUCCCGACCCUGUCCAGCCGCAAGCUGCCCCGCGACCCCGAGUCCUCCGCCAUGCUAGACUACGAGCUGCACAGCGACUUCGUCUCCUCGCUCAUCAAGAUCCCCUCCGACACCCUGGCCCUGGUCUCCCACUUCGACAUCUUCUACAUCUACGGCUUCGCCAGCGGCGGCUUCGUCUACUUCCUCACCGUCCAGCCCGAGACCCCGGAGGGGGUGGCCGUCAACUCGGCCGGGGACCUGUUCUACACGUCCCGCAUCGUGCGGCUGUGCCAGGACGACCCCAAGUUCCACUCGUACGUGUCCCUGCCCUUGGGCUGCACCCGCGGCGCGGUCGAGUACCGCCUCCUACAGGCGGCCUACCUCGCCAAGCCCGGCGACACGCUGGCCCGGGCCCUGAACGUCAGCUCUCGGGACGACGUCCUCUUCGCCAUCUUCUCCAAGGGCCAGAAGCAGUACCACCAGCCGCCUGACGACUCGGCCCUCUGCGUCUUCCCCAUCCGGGCUGUCAACGGCCGGAUCAAGGAGCGUUUGCAGUCCUGCUACCAAGGGGAAGGCAAUCUGGAGCUCAACUGGCUGCUGGGGAAGGAUGUGCAGUGCACCAAGGCGCCGGUCCCCAUCGACGACAGUUUCUGUGGGCUGGACAUCAACCAGCCUUUGGGGGGCUCAUCUCCCGUGGAAGGCCUCACUCUGUUCACCUCCACCCGAGACCGUAUGACCUCGGUCGCCUCCUACGUCUACAACGGCUACAGUGUGAUCUUUGUGGGCACCAAGAGUGGCAAGCUCAAGAAGAUCCGGGCAGACGGCCCUCCCCAAGGCGGCGUCCAGUAUGAGGUGAUUUCCGUGUUCAAAGAUGGGAGCCCCAUCCUCCGAGACAUGGCCUUCUCUGUCAACCAGAAGUACCUGUACGUCAUGUCUGAGAGACAGGUCUCCAGGGUCCCGGUGGAGUCCUGCGAACAGUAUACGACGUGUGGGGAGUGUCUGAGCUCGGGAGACCCUCACUGCGGCUGGUGCUCCCUGCACAAUAUGUGCUCCAGGAAAGACAAGUGUGAACGGGCCCAGGAGCCAAACCGCUUUUCUGCAAGCAUCAGCCAGUGCAUGGACCUCACGGUACAUCCCAGCAGCAUCUCGGUCUCUGAGCACAGCCUCUUGCUCAGCCUUUCGGUCAGCGAUGCCCCAGACUUGUCUGCUGGGGUCACCUGCGCCUUCGGGAACUUGACAGAAGUGGAGGGGCAGGUGUCCGGGAGCCAGAUUGUCUGUUCCUCACCCGGGGCCAAGGACGUUCCUGCCAUUCCCAUGGACCAGGACUGGUUCGGGCUGGAGUUGCAGCUGAGGUCCAAGGAGACGGGGAAGAUGUUUGUCAGCACCGAAUUCAAGUUCUACAACUGCAGCGCCCACCAAUUGUGCCUGUCAUGUGUCAACAGUGCCUUCCGCUGCCAUUGGUGCAAAUAUCGCAACCUGUGCACCCACGACCCCACCACCUGCUCCUUCCAGGAGGGCCGGAUCAAUGUGUCUGAGGAUUGUCCACAGCUGGUGCCUGCUGAGGAGAUCCUCAUUCCCGUGGGAGAGGUGAAGCCCAUCACCCUGAAGGCCCGAAACCUGCCCCAGCCGCAGUCUGGCCAGCGUGGCUACGAGUGUGUCCUCAACAUCCAGGGGACGGUCCACCGCGUGCCGGCCUUGCGCUUCAACAGUUCCAGCGUCCAGUGCCAGAACAGCUCGUACCUGUACGACGGUAUGGAUAUCAGCAACCUGGCCGUGGAUUUUGCAGUGGUGUGGAAUGGGAAUUUCAUCAUUGACAACCCUGAGGAUCUGAAAGUCCAUCUGUACAAAUGUGCAGCCCAGCGGGAGAGCUGCGGGCUUUGCCUGAAGGCCGAUCGGAAGUUUGAGUGUGGCUGGUGCAGCGGAGAGGGAAAAUGCACCCUGCAGCAACACUGCUCCUCCCCCGCCAGCCCCUGGCUCGACUGGUCCAGCCGCAAGGUCAAGUGUGCCAACCCCCGCAUCACUGAGAUCCUGACUGUGUCAGGCCCUCCGGAAGGGGGCACGCGAGUGACCAUCCACGGCGUGAACCUGGGACUGGACUUCUCUGAGAUCGCCCAGCACGUGGAGGUGGCAGGGGUCCCCUGCGUGCCAAUCCCCGGGGAGUACGUCAUCGCGGAACAGAUCGUCUGUGAGAUGGGCCAGGCUCUCCCCGACCCGCGGUCCGGACCUGUGCGCCUGUGUAUUGGAGAGUGCAAGCCAGAGUUCACGGCCCGAUCUGCCCAGCAGUACACCUUCGUGAACCCGACGGUGAUGUCACUUGCCCCCAUUCGGGGUCCUGAGUCUGGAGGGACCACGGUAACCAUCACCGGUCGCUACCUCGGGGCCGGGAGUCGCGUGACUGUCUUCCUGGGGAACCAGACCUGCGAAUUCUAUAGGAGGUCCAUGAACGAGAUUGUGUGCGUGUCUCCACCUUCCGCCCACGGCCUGGGCCCCGUCCCCAUCUCUGUCAGCGUGGACCGAGCUCGGGUGGACAGCACCCUGCAGUUUGAAUACAUUGACGACCCCCGAGUCCAGCGCAUCGAGCCCGAGUGGAGCAUCGCCAGCGGCCACACCCCACUGACCAUCACAGGCUUCAACCUGGAUGUGAUUCAGGAGCCGAGGAUCCGCGUCAAAUUCAACGGCAAGGAAUCUGUCAACGUGUGUAAGGUGGUGAAUACCACCACCCUGACCUGCUUGGCCCCCUCCCUCACCGCAGAGUCCCGACCGGGCCUGGAUGCCGUGGAGAGGCCCGAUGAGUUUGGCUUUGUUUUCAACAAUGUGCAAUCCUUGCUGAUCUACAACGACACGAAGUUUAUCUACUACCCCAAUCCGACCUUUGAACUGCUCAGUCCCUCCGGGGUUCUGGACCAGAAACCAGGGUCUCCCAUCAUCCUGAAGGGCAAGAACCUGUGUCCCCCAGCCUCCGGGGGUGCCAAGCUCAACUACACAGUGUUGAUCGGAGAGACUCCAUGUGCCGUAACCGUGUCGGAGACGCAACUCCUCUGUGAACCCCCAAACCUGACCGGGCAGCACAAGGUCAUGGUGCACGUGGGCGGCGUGGUGUUCUCUCCGGGCUCGGUCAGCGUGGUCUCAGACAGUCUGCUGACCCUGCCGGCCAUUGUCAGCAUCGCCGCCGGGGGAAGCCUCCUGCUCAUCAUCGUCAUCAUCGUGCUCAUCGCCUAUAAGCGCAAGUCUCGUGAGAAUGACCUCACCCUGAAGAGGCUCCAGAUGCAGAUGGACAACCUGGAGUCCCGAGUGGCCCUCGAAUGCAAGGAGGCCUUUGCUGAACUGCAGACAGACAUCAAUGAACUGACCAGUGACCUGGACCGCUCAGGGAUCCCGUACCUGGACUACCGCACCUACGCCAUGCGGGUGUUGUUCCCAGGCAUUGAGGAUCACCCUGUCUUGCGGGAGCUGGAGGUCCAGGGGAACGGGCAGCAACAGGUGGAGAAAGCCCUGAAGCUGUUCGCCCAGCUCAUCAACAACAAGGUGUUCCUGCUGACCUUCAUCCGCACCCUGGAAUCCCAGCGCAGCUUCUCCAUGCGGGACCGCGGGAACGUGGCCUCGCUCAUCAUGACCGGCCUGCAGGGCAAGCUUGAGUAUGCCACCGACGUGCUCAAGCAGCUGCUCGCAGACCUCAUCGACAAGAAUCUGGAGAACAAGAACCACCCCAAGCUGCUGCUGCGCAGGACUGAGUCGGUGGCCGAGAAGAUGCUGACAAACUGGUUUGCCUUUCUUCUGCACAAGUUCUUGAAGGAGUGUGCUGGGGAGCCUCUCUUCAUGCUGUACUGCGCCAUCAAGCAGCAGAUGGAGAAGGGCCCCAUCGACGCCAUCACGGGCGAGGCCCGCUACUCCCUGAGCGAGGACAAGCUCAUCCGCCAGCAAAUUGACUACAAAACCCUGAUCCUGAACUGUGUGAACCCAGACAAUGAGAACAGCCCUGAGAUCCCAGUCAAGGUGCUCAACUGUGACACUGUCACCCAGGUCAAGGAAAAGAUCCUGGACGCCGUCUACAAAAACGUCCCCUACUCCCAGCGGCCCCGGGCUGUCGACAUGGACUUGGAGUGGCGCCAGGGCCGGAUCGCGCGGGUGGUGUUGCAGGAUGAGGACAUCACCACCAAGAUCGAGGGGGACUGGAAGCGACUCAACACCUUAAUGCAUUAUCAGGUGUCUGACCGCUCAGUGGUGGCCCUGGUCCCGAAGCAGACCUCCUCUUACAACAUCCCUGCCUCCGCCAGCAUCUCCCGAACCUCCAUCAGCCGAUACGACUCAUCGUUCAGGUACACGGGCAGCCCGGACAGCCUCCGCUCCCGCGCCCCCAUGAUCACCCCUGACCUGGAGAGCGGCGUCAAGCUCUGGCACCUGGUGAAGAACCACGACCACGGGGACCAGAAGGAGGGGGACCGGGGCAGCAAGAUGGUGUCCGAGAUCUACCUGACCCGGCUGCUGGCCACCAAGGGAACGCUGCAGAAGUUUGUCGACGAUCUGUUCGAGACCCUGUUCAGCACCGUGCACCGGGGUAGCGCCCUCCCACUGGCCAUCAAAUACAUGUUUGACUUCCUGGACGAGCAGGCCGACAGGCACAGUAUCCAUGACACGGAUGUGCGGCACACCUGGAAGAGCAACUGCCUCCCUCUCCGGUUUUGGGUCAACGUCAUCAAGAAUCCCCAGUUCGUGUUCGACAUCCACAAGGGUAGCAUCACGGAUGCCUGCCUGUCGGUGGUGGCCCAGACCUUCAUGGACUCCUGCUCCACCUCAGAGCACCGGCUGGGCAAGGACUCCCCCUCCAACAAGCUGCUCUAUGCCAAGGACAUCCCCAGCUAUAAGGCCUGGGUGGAGAGGUACUACGCGGACAUCGCCAAGCUCCCGGCCAUCAGCGACCAGGACAUGAACGCUUACCUGGCGGAGCAAUCACGGCUGCACGCCGUUGAGUUCAACAUGCUGAGCGCCCUCAACGAGAUCUAUUCCUACAUCAGCAAGUACAGCGAAGAAAUCAUUGCAGCCCUGGAGCAGGACGAUCAGGCACGGAGGCAGCGCCUGGCAUACAAGGUGGAGCAGCUGAUCAGUGCCAUGUCUAUCGAGAGCUGAGAGGAAGAGCCAGGAGCUCCCUAAGAGGAGGAAAGACCCGUCGGCGCUGAGACUCUGGGGAACGCGGAGCCAAGGACCGGGGAAGGGAGGCAACGGCCAGGACCUUGCAGCCCCCGUUCCCAAGAUCCCAUCCCGGGGCCACGGAGUGGGGAGAGAGGGAGCCCCUUCCCUCCCCAUCACCGCCCGCCGCCACCGCUCACCGGGACUCUGGCGUCCAGGUCCUGCCGGGAUGACCCGCGUCUUCAGCCGAGGAGAGAGACGCAAGGAAAAAGUCAUUCUUCCAGCCGGGAGGCCGGAGCUGGGGGCACAGCCUCUGGGACUGCUGCUUUGCAUGAAAGGUCAUUUGUUGUAUAUUAGAAAAUGAUGAAACUUUAUUUAAUUUUUUUUUAAGAAAAAAGGGGUAAACAGAACCCGGAAAUAAAACAACAAAGAAGUCACUCUGGGAAUCCAGUCCCGAUUUUUUUUUUAAUAUCAUUCCAAUUUUUUUUUCUUUCCCUGUCAACCCCCUCCUGACUUCUUCCUGAAAGCCCCAGCACUGUUGGCAGGCGGGGCAGUCAGCAAACGGACUCAGGACUCGAUUGGAAAUGUCCCAGAAGUUAAGUACUAUUCUCCCUUGGACGGUGAGAAAAUAGCCAGAAUGAAAAAAGGAAGAAGAAGAAGACAAAGAAUGAACACAAGUUUGCACCAAACCUUUUUUUCACAGAAAUGGAUGGAUACCGGCCAGUGGCUGCCCACUGAAUCAUCCUACCUGUUGGAUUUGAAAUCCAGCUUCACACACACCACCCCGUCUGAGUCGCCUCUGUGGAGAACCUGGAUCUUUCAAUGACAAUGAGCCAUUUUGGUACCGGUUUUUCACUCCUGUGUCUGAACACCAAGAUCUUGAAGUUGA